UCUGCAAAAUGAGGUGGCCUACUUUGGUGCUGCGCUUUACAUUCUUGUGUGCUCUGGCUCAUCUACCGACACCAAGUCAUGCAAUGUCUUCAAGUGUCACUGUAAACAUUGGCGACAGCGUAACAUUGGAGUGCUCUUUCAGUUCAAGUAGCCCAGCGGUCUUGUUUUACUGGUACAAGCAAAUCUUAGGCCAAAAACCUAUCAUCAUGUCCCGGUUUUACAAACACGAGAAAAACAGCACUUUCAUUGGCGACUUCCGUAAUGAUCCCAGACUUUCUAUCAAAAAUGGGAAUUUCCAGAAUCAUCUCACCAUUUCGGAUUCAUGUAUGUCCGAUUCUGCGAACUAUUAUUGCAUCAGCGGGUAUUCGUACAUGUAUACCUUUGAAGUUAGUGUCAUGGUCACUGUGAAAAGUAGAGAUGUGAUGCUAGAAAUGCAACUGGAUCAACAAGAAGAGUUAGAUGAGAGGAUUCAACCAUGGAGUAGCUCAGUUCUUCAAUGUUUGGUGAAUUUCACAAACUGCAAUGGACAACAGAAUGUUUACCGAUUCAGAGCAAGGGAAGAUAAACAGGCAGGAGUCCUUUACAGCCAUGGAGGACGAGGUAGCAGAGAUGAUUGGUGCCAGAAAAGUGGAAAAAGUCCAACCAAGUCUUGUAUCUACAACCUCCCCAUACACAAUGUAAGCUCAGAGCAGACUGGGACCUACUACUGCGCUGCGGUCGCCUGCGGACAAGUCCUGUUUGGGAAUGAGACUUCUUUGGAAUUAUUGGAGACUCCAGUGGAGAUGUACGUGCUGAGUGGAGCUGUGGUGUUCACCGUCAUGUUGGCUGUGCUCCUCUGUGUCUCUGCUAUCAGAGUGCUCAGGAUAAGUCAGGUCCAGGGACAAGUCGUAGGAAAGAAAUACAAGCUCAACGUCCAAGGAACAACCUGGGUGUUCAGUGCAUGA